GGUAGGCAUAUUUACCACGAAAGUGAACCGAACAACAUCAACUCUGUCUCUGUCCUGAGGAUUCUUUUGUGUUUUUGUUUCAUUUUUUAGCCUUGUUCAAUACAAUUUUUGAAAGGUUUAUUAUAUGAGAAAGGAGUGACGACACCUGGGUUUUACCGCACGGGCGCGCCGGCUGAAUCACGGCACGACGAGUGAGGGUUGAGGAGCAGCAGGUCGGACGCGCGAGAUUAUUCCGCAGGAGUUAAAGAACAUUAAAGCCCUGGGUUAUGCUCUUACUCAGAGACUGUAGUAGAUGUAUGUGAGAGACCGGAAACUGUGUGUGUUUUUCUCUGGGAUAUGAGGACCUGAGUGCGGGAUGUGUGUGGAGCGCAGAGUGAGGAGGAGGAUGAGCGCGUGGACUGUGCAGGUGCUCGCGCUGUGCGUGGCGCUGCCCUGCUUGUGUCUCAGUACACCUGCGCGCGCGCAGUCUCCCGAUAACAAACAAGUCAUAUGCUCAGGCACUCAGAACAUGUUGAGUGUGACAGGGUCUUCAUAUUUGCAGUACCAGCGGAUGAAAGAAAUGUACACCGGCUGUCAGAUCGUCAUGGGCAACCUUGAGGUCACUUAUAUGGAACACAAUCGUGAUUUCUCCUUCCUAAAGUCAAUUCGUGAGGUUACAGGUUAUGUUUUAAUAGCGAUAAACCAGUUCAAAUACCUGCCUUUGGAGCAGUUACGAGUGAUCAGAGGAACAUCACUGUAUGAAAAGCACUUUGCUCUCGCAGUCUUCAUUAACUACCAGAAGGAUGGAGAGUAUGGGAUGAAGGAGCUUGGCCUUACACAUCUGACAGAAAUUUUGGAGGGGGGCGUACAGAUCAUCCAGAAUGAGUUCCUGAGCUAUGCGCCACAGAUCAACUGGCUGGAUAUCGUAAAGGACAGCAAAGCUAAGAUCAUCAUUCAGGACAAUGGACCAGAGCUUCCAUGUCAUGAAUCUUGUGAUGGACACUGCUGGGGAUCAAGCAGAGACAGCUGUCAGACUCUGACUAAACUGGUGUGUGCACCCCAAUGUAAUGGCCGCUGUUUUGGCCGAAGUCCCAGCGAAUGUUGCCACAUGGAGUGUGCAGGAGGCUGCACGGGGUCACAAGAUACUGAUUGCUUUGCCUGCAGGAGUUUCAAUGACUCAGGCUCCUGCGUGCCCCUGUGUCCCCAGGGCGUGAUAUACAAUAAAGUAACAUUUAAACUGGAGCCGAACCCGAAUGAGAAAUAUCAGUAUGGAUCAGUCUGCAUAGCCCAGUGUCCCCCUAACUUUGUGGUAGAUGGAGGUUCAUGUGUUAGCAGCUGCCCUUCGAAUAAAAUGGAGGUUGACAAGAAAGGAGUGAGAAGGUGUGAACCAUGUGGUGACAUUUGUCCAAAAGUGUGUGAAGGUACUGGCUCACCCACCAGGCAAACAGUGGAUUCUCAAAACAUAGACAGUUUCAUAAACUGCACUAAAAUUCAGGGCAGCCUCCAUUUCUUUUUCACUGGCAUUAAUGGUGAUCCAUAUAACAACAUCUCUGCUCUGGACCCCAAGAAACUAAAAAACUUCAACACUGUUAGAGAAAUCACAGAUUAUCUGAGUAUUCAGUCAUGGCCUAAGGAGAUGGAAGAUCUGUCAGUGUUCUCCAAUCUGGCAACUAUACAAGGCCGAAGUCACUACAAAGGAGUAAGGAUCAAGAGGGGCUACUCUCUGCUGGUGAUGCAAAUCAAAACACUAAAAUCGUUGGGUUUGCGCUCUCUGAAGAGGAUCAACGAUGGUGGCAUCUACAUUGCAGACAACUCCAAUCUGUGCUACCAAGAAACUGUCAACUGGACAGGCUUGUUUGGCCUACGUGCCCAGCGUCAGCAGAAAACCCUUGAUAUCAGAGAUAACCAGUCUCAAGAUAAGUGUAUCAGUGAGGGUCAUGUGUGUGACCCACUGUGUUCCUCCAAUGGCUGUUGGGGUCCUGGGCCGGAUCAGUGUCUCUCUUGUAAGAACUACAGCAGGGGAGGAACCUGUGUACCGAACUGCAACUUUUUAGAAGGGAACAAAAGGGAGUUUGCUGGGCCAAAUGAUGAGUGUAUGCCAUGCCACUCUGAGUGUGCAGUGCAGGAGAACAGACACACCUGUAGAGGACCGGGGGCAGAUCAGUGUUUGAUGUGUGCCAAUCUGCAAGAUGGGCCCCACUGUGUCUCUUCAUGCCCACAGGGUGUUAUGGGAGAAAAACGGGUUGUUGUUUAUAAAUUCCACGACACUCAAAGCAAAUGCCAGCCCUGUCAUGCCAACUGCACCCAUGGGUGCACAGGACCAAGUUUGAGAGACUGUAUGGGGUCACCCAAAAGAGCAUCAUCUGGGGUUCCAGUGACUGCCAUUGUGUUGGGUGCUAUAGCCUGUGUGCUUUUGGUAUUAUUUGUGUUUGUGAUGGCUGCUCUCUAUCGCCGCAGUCUGGCCAUCCGACGCAAACGCGCUAUGAGGCGAUAUCUUGAAAGUGAAGAGAGUUUUGAGCCAUUGGAUCCUGGGGAGAAAGGGACAAAAGUCUACACUCGCAUUUUGAAACCGUCUGAACUACGAAAGCUUAAACCCUUGGGUACAGGAGUGUUUGGUAGUGUCCACAAGGGUGUGUGGAUUCCGGAAGGAGACACAGUAAAGAUUCCUGUGGCCAUAAAGACUAUUCAGGAUCGCACAGGUCGACAGACUUUCCAGGAAGUUACUGAUCACAUGCUGGUGAUGGGCAGUUUGGACCACCCAUACAUUGUGCGUCUCUUAGGCAUCUGUCCAGGCUCCUGUUUGGAGCUGGUCACUCAGUACAUGCCACAGGGUUCCUUACUGGAACAUAUCAGGCAACGUAAGGACAAUCUCAACCCACAGAGGCUGCUCAACUGGUGUGUGCAGAUCGCCAAGGGUAUGUAUUAUCUUGAGGAGCAGAGGAUUGUCCAUCGGAACCUAGCUGCCCGGAACAUCCUUCUCAAGAGUGAUUUUAUGGUCCAAAUUGCCGACUAUGGAAUUGCUGACCUGUUUUACCCUGACAACAAGAAAUGUUUCUACGAGGUGAAGGUGAACCAGACACCAAUCAAAUGGAUGGCCCUUGAGAGUAUUUUGUUCCGCAGAUAUUCACACCAGAGUGAUGUGUGGAGCUAUGGUGUAACUGUCUGGGAGAUGAUGUCAUAUGGGGCAGAGCCUUAUGCUGCAAUGAAACCACAGGAAGUUCCAGACCUGUUGCAGAAGGGAGAGCGUCUGUCUCAACCUCAGAUCUGCACGAUUGAGGUUUAUAUGGUUAUGGUCAAAUGCUGGAUGAUUGACGAGAAUGUUCGACCGAGUUUCAAAGAGUUGGCCAGUGAGUUCAGCCGUAUGGCCCGAGACCCACCUCGAUACCUUGUCAUUAAAGGAGAGUGCACUGCUCCUGACCCUGUCUCUGAUGAGCCAUAUCAUCGUGGCACUCAAGUGGACAUUCUAGGUGUGGGGCUGGAGGGCCAAGAGGAUGAGGCACUGGACGACGGCAUGACCACGCCUCCUGUGUACCUCACACCAUCAAGAAGCCUCUCUAGAUUGCGUGUGGAUACCAACAGGGCUAGCUUUACCGCUGCUGGUUACCUGCCAAUGACCCCCAGUGUAGAAGGCUCUAUGCCGACCGUAUGGCCAUCGCGUUCACGCCUCAACUCAGCACGCACUAUUUCUGAAGGUUCUGAGGGGCAUGGCACCCUGGUAGAGCUGGAGAUGAAUGAAGACGCACUGCUAGCUGGCAACCUAAGAGGCGUGCAGCGUCGAGAGGACAGUGCCUAUAUUUCGGACAGCCUAUCGGGCCCUCCGGACACACCCAUUCCUGACACACCAUCUCCAUGUAACGAGGGAGAGGAGGACCAGAAUGGAUACGUAUUGCCAGGACUAAGUGACAAUUCAGACAGAGAAACGAUGUGUUCGAUACCUUCUCGUGUGACACUCUCUAAUGGAAGGAUAUCUUCUGGUCAUUCCCGUGAACUAUUAGAGGAGCAUGACAGUGGAGAGGAAGAAUAUGAGUACAUGAACAAUCAAAACCUCCCCCUUAGACACCUGAAAGGCUGGAGCCAAAACUGCUGUCAGCUCACAAAUCGCAAUUUCAGCAUACACAAACCUCCAGGUAACAAUAGUAGGUUAUCCAUGGAAGGCACCGAAAGCAGUGGAGGUCUCUCUCAGUCCUCCUUGGAUGAAAGAAGUCAUAGCAAUGCUGACCUUCCAUUUAGCGAAGCAGAGUAUGCAGAGGCAGACCUGGACCAGGACCUUCAGUAUGAAUACAUGGACAUUCGUAGUGGCCCGGGAGUCACUGCACCAAAUAUUAACCACAGAAUGGACAUCCUAAGACAAGGAAGCCAUAUUUCUUCCAAGAAAUCUCUUGAGAAAGAAGAGUGUGAAGAUGAUGAGUAUCAGUAUACAAACUGCCAACCACGGUUGAGGCGCUCACUCCUGGUUCAAGGCUUGAUGGAGGGGGAGGCAGAGGUGUAUGAAUAUGAAGAAAUGGACUCUCAGGUUGCAGGGGUACACUCAGGGGCUGAAUACGAGAAUCUCCACGAAGCAGGAGAAGGAGAGGAGGCCCAGGGACAGCCCCAGCACGGAGAUGGGCAAUAUGUUAAAGUACAUACAGGGAGGAAAAAGGGCAAGGAUGGGGCAGACAGAUGUUUCGACAAUCCUGACUACUGGAAUAGCCGAUUGUUUUCCAAAGCAAAUGCAGUGCAUACUUAGAAUGGGAGAGCAAUCAUGAACUUCUAAAUACAGUAGUGAGAUGGAACUGAGUAUAAAGAGUAUAAAAUGCUAUCAGCAACAAAGUAUAACCAAAGUAGCAAUCAGUAAAGCACGUAUUGUUUUCUUUCUGUUUUCUUGACCAAAUUAGACUUGGCGAUAAAGAAUGAUUGUAUGUUUAACCAGCGAAAACCUCUGAAAUUACUAUCACACAUACAGUACGUAAAAUUUGGAUUUAUUAAAAAAAAACUUUUUUGCUAAAAUGUAGAAAGAAUUACAUUAGCCAACUUUUACAAACAGUACAUCGAUCAUUACAUACAAACGUAUAAACCUCAGUCAAUACUGAACAGCCACCAGACCUCAGGAUGCAGAUCAGGCUUUAUUUUUUACCUUCCACUGAUGGAUGCAGGUAUUGAUUCUAUGUAGAUAGUUUUUUUUGUUUUUUGUUUUUUAACAAUUCAGUAUGUCUGUUACAGGUGUUUAUUCAGUCUUCACAUUCAUCAUGGCAGCUUGCAUUGAAUCACAUGACCAUAUUAACAGUGAGUCAGAGAUGAAUGCUUUUGAAUUCUUAUUUUGUACAGAAUGUAUACCAAUGUAUAUUGUAGUUGUACCACUAUGUAGCCAUUUGAAAUAGCAGUAUCAACAACAUUGCUUCAAGCACUUAAAGAACACAGACACAACUGUGUAUUUUUCUUUGGGGCUUUUUGUGUUGGAAAGUUUUAUAUCACAUGAAAGGAACAUUUGAUCAUAUUUUCAAGGAAACUGUCAUGUAUUGUUUUAUGUUUCACAAGAAUUUAUUUCUGUGAAGAUUUUUUUUUUAAUUAUUUUUACCUGAUGAUUUGUGGUGUCAUUUUAUACAUACAGUGUGUCAGAAAUCUGUACUUCAUAUAUGAAAUAAAUGUUAUAUUGUUA